AUGGUGUUGAAACAUCAGCAGUUUUUUAGAAACCAGAUCAGCAAAGUUACUGAGAAGAACUCUCCUUCCUUUGAACUUUGUAUCACCCAUGCCUUUGGAUCUUGCCCAGAGUCUCAUCCCAACUGUUGUAGUGAUGUUGUUGCCUUGCCUACAGUAGAGAAGGUUGCCAAAGACACCAUAAUAGGUUGGCUGACACUGCUACAAAGCAACAAUUGGAAGGGGAGCUAAAGGAGGUAAUGAACAGCCAUGUAUUAUAUGCUAGCCACCUGUUAAGAACAAAGCAUCAGGCAGACUAUCACAAGUUCAUCCUCAACAGUCUUGAGCCAGGUGAUGCUGUUGUCAUUAUUGAGUACAAGAUGAAGCUUGAACUUGGUGUCCGUUUACAUGAAUGUCAGCGGGAUCGGCAUGGCAAGAGAGGUAUAUCGCUCCAUGGCCUUCUUGUCAUAGCCCAAGUGGAUGCAAACACAAAGGUCAGCAACAUUUUAGAUUUGUGGAGCGAGGACACAGAGCAGGAUUCCUGGUUCGGCCAGAGCGCAAUGGAUGUGGGAUUCAGAUGA